ACGUGGGCCGGCGGAGCAAAGUCCGCACCUGCAACAGGGGAGCGGCGGCGGCGGCAGCGGCGAGAUGGGCGCUCUGGGCCGGGUCCUGCUGUGGCUGCAGCUCUGCGCACUGACUCGGGCGGCCUACAAACUUUGGGUCCCCAACACCUACUUCGAUACUGCCUCCAACUGGAGCCAGAACCGGACCCCGUGCGCGGGAGAUGCGGUCCAGUUCCCGGCGGACAAGAUGGUGUCGGUCCUGGUGCGAGACAGUCACGCCAUCUCGGACAUGCUCCUGCCGCUGGACGGGGAGUUCGUCCUGGCCCCUGAAGCCGCCUUCAGCGCUGCAGGAGUCGGCUCCGACCCGGCCUGUCACUCUGGAGCUGAAGGCACCUGGUUGCUCUUCCGAAAUCCCGACCGCUUCUCCUGGCUUGACCCGCACCUCUGGAGCUCCGCGACCCAGGCGCCCGGCCUCUUCUCCGUGGACGCCGAGCGCGUGCCCUGCAGCUACGACGAUGUCCUCUUCCCGCGCGACGGGUCUUUCCGCGUGGCGCUCGGCCCGGGCCCCAACCCGGUGCACGUCCGCAGCGUCUCAGCCCUGGGCCAGACGUUCACGCGCGACGAGGACCUGGCGGCCUUCCUGGCGUCCCGCGAGGGUCGCCUGCGCUUCCAUGGGCCAGGCGCACUGAGAGUGGGCUCCCAGGCCUGCACCGACGCGUCAGGCUGCGUCUGCGGCUACGCCGAGACGCUGCCGUGGAUCUGCGCGUCUCUGCUGCAGCCCCUGGGCGGCCGCUGCCCCCAGGCCACCUGCCGCGACCCGGUGCUGCCCCAAGGACAGUGCUGCCACCUCUGCGGAGCCAUCGUGUCGUUGACCCACGACCCCACAUUUGACCUGGAGCAGUAUCGAGCACGGUUGCUGGACCUCUUCCUAAAGCAGCCCCAGUACCAGGGGGUGCAGGUGGCUGUGUCCAAGGUGCUGCGCGAGGCUCACACCGAGAUCCAGGUGGUGCUGGUGGAGACCGGGCCCGAGACCGGCGCAGCGGGGCGGCUGGGCCACGCGCUCCUGCAGGACGCCGUGGCACAAGGCGGCGUGCUGGGCAUUCAGUCGGCGACACUGCGGCAGUCCGGCAUGCCCGCGACGGGAGGCUCCACGAUGUACCUGGACGGGUCCGGUGCCUGGCUGGCGGGCAGCGUGGCGGCCGCGGUGCUGCUGGCACUGCUGGGCAUGGUGCUGCUGCUGCUGCACCGCAGCGGGAGGCUCAGGUGGAGAAGGCAUGAAGAGGCUGGGCCCGCAACCGCUGGGCUGCCGCUGAGUUUCCGCAAUCCGCUUUUCGACGUGAUGGUCUUCAAGCAGCAGCCACAACCCUCAGUGGAGCCGCUUGGCUCAGCCCAGAAGGUGGACAUCGACACCAACUUCAGCUACUUCAUUAACCCACUCUUUGCCGGGGAGGCAGAGGCAGAGGCCUGACCUUCUGGGAGAAUGCUAUCCUUCCAGCCAGUGGACUGUUCAUCCCCUCGACCAUGACUGGUCUCCUGAUGGCAAGGACAGGCUCACCUUGUCCAAUAAAGGAUUGUUUGGGUUUUUGUUCUUUUUUAA